AUGCACAAAUUUUUAUCAACUGCAAUUGCUCUUGUACUCGUUUCUAUUAUUGUUAAUGUUCAAGCUGAAUAUAAAAAAUUAGAAUUAACGAUACUUUCAGCACCUGCUAUUGAUAUUACCAAUGUUGAUGUUACACCAAUGCCAAUUAUAAAUCCAGGACAAGCUUUUCUUACUUUUACUGCUAAUCUUAAGCGUCCAAUUAAAACAAUACAAACUACUUUAAAAAUUAAUCGUGCAGUAAGUGGUAUUAAUCUUCCAAUUCGAUGCUACAAAGUCGAUGGUAUGGAGGUUGGCUCAUGUACUUAUACAGAUUUAUGUCGUGUACUUCAAAUUAUGUUACCAACAUUUAAAGCCGAUACAUGUCCUAAACCUAUGGCUCAAUAUGGUAUUGAUUGCAAUUGUCCAUUCAAUAUUCCUGCUGGACAUUUGUCUAUUGUAAAUGAAAAACUCGAAAUACCUGAUGCUCAAUCAAGUAUUGCUAAUUUCAUGGCUACAGGCGAUUUUACUAUUCAAUUGGAUACACAAGAUGCAGUUGGACCUUAUGCAUCAAUUAUAAUUAAAUUUACUGUUAAAUCACACAAACCAUCGGGUUAA